GUGUGUGCGUGCUUCCGUGAGUGUGGAAUUAACGGUAUCGUACAAGUUAUUCGUCGAGCAAGGGGUCAAGUUUCGGCAUUCCAUGUGGGCACACAUUCACCCGCUAGUACUUGCUACUUCGGUUGUCUACAUACACACUCACACACAGAGGGAGGAGUACAGAUGGUGUAGUGUGUUCCCGCUGUUGUGGUACAAUCGGCCAAUUUAAGACACGAGUUAGAUUGAUGUGGGGUGCCGAGUUGCCACCGCUAUUAACAAGCAAGACGUGCAAAGGCAUGUUGCGGAUGUUCUCAUGAUUUAUGAGUAGUAGUAGUAUACCGUGGUGGUGGUGGAGUUGCGUAGGGCUGAGUCGCGAACCGCUUUGCCUUUCCACUUUGGACCCCUGUUGGACGCUAAUAUAACACCGUAAGUCCACCGUGAGCCGGUUCAAGGGAAGAGGAGAGGUGUCAAGGGCCACAAGGCCAAUGGUCCCGGCUGCGCCGUGGAAGCCUUCUAGGAAGGGCGUGGGAGAGAGAAUAUGGAAGCGGAGGUGAUGACAUCAUGAGCAAAGCAUUCACUUCCGCCAGCAACGCCUUCCCAGAAAGAUUCCAGUCUUCCGUGCGGACUCUAAUUGUGGUAGUGAGGACGCUUCUUUCUGCGCGAUCGAUGCAGCCGCGAGCCCCCUUCCUUACGCGAGCCUUCGUUAACUCCUACAGUGUCGGCGCUGCUCCAUCCAGAGGACUGAUUUCCCAAUAAUAACCACCUAACAUAUUCCUCGUCGAUGAUGUCUGGCUAUACUCUCGUUCCUCUCGGUUGCCUUAGAGCAUCCGCAGCCAGCCACUGGAAACACCCCUGAAUCACUAUACCAUACUAUUAUUGAUAUCAAGGUGUAACAAAUAUUGUGAUUUAGGGGUGUUUUCCAGUGACUUGCUGUAGAUGCUCUUACAUCUGUUGUCUAGAGAGUGGGGGUGGGCGGGGGGUUAGUGUUUUUAUGUUUUUGUGUUUUAUUUUUAUUUUUAAAUUCUCUUUUUGGUCGUCAGUGUGUUCGCCGGCGCGGACCGGCUAUUUAGCGGUCGAGCUUCACGCAAUCGAUCUUUCGCCUCAGUGUGCUUGUGUGCCGGACCAAUCUUCCUCUUGCCAAAGCGUUCGUGAGGCCGUUUCCUCUCCCACUGCUGCUGUUGUUGAUGACGUGGAUUUGAGUGUAGCGUCUUGCUCAAGCGUUUGGCGGAAAAUUAGAUUUAGAUCAGGACGUGGCGAACGGAAGAGCUUCUCAGUUGGCCACGAUUCUGGGGUUUUUCCUCGGUGCAGAUCAAGGAGAGUUUGAACAGUCGGGGAGAGUUGUUAGAAGCCAGUGGUGAGGUUUGGUGAUUGAAUUGAUCAACUUGCCUGGUUGUAGUGAGUGGAGAGUAGGGGUUCUACAAGCGUUGGAGCGUACGUGAUGAUCAGGAAGAAGCUGAAUUCCAUGAAUGCAGUCAUUAGCGCUUCAAUGAGCGGCCAAUCGUCAAUGGCUGGUAACGGUAGGCCGUAGUCCAGGAAUUCUUCGAGUUGCAUUCUGCAGGUGUCUCUACAAAGACAAGGAGGUGGUCCUGAACGUGCGAAACCGCCGUAAAUUGAUGAGCCAUGAAGAGAGACGUAAUAGAAUGAGCGCGGGCUUGCAAAUGGGGUGGUCUGCAUGCUGGGCAAUAGUUGCUCAAAGCUUACACUGUUGCCUUUGGAUGAUCGGCCGCUUGGCAUCCGUUACUGCAGACUACCACCGCUCCAGCUACUUCCGGAUACCCCAACGAUGACAUAGUUGCACUUCGGUUGUAUAAACAUCUAGAAAAGUCUCCUUGGCUGUUGCCGCAGUAGCCAGGGUGAGUAAUUACUGAAAACCAUCUAUUCGGAAACGUAUUAUUGAAAGAAACUGGCAGGCUCUUUUUGGUUUUCAGUUUUUUGUCUUUUUUCUGAGUAGUGUGCAAAACUCUCAUAUGCAAGGUCGCUCGCAUGGCUCCCAUCUUGAGCACCCCCCCGUCCCAUGCACCAGCAUCACAAAGGGAUGGAGCAGUCGCUAGCGAGGACGACAUCGCAUGCCCUGCGCACCCAGUGUUUUCUUCGUCGAGCAAGAAGCCCAUUCCAACGCAGAGCAUGGCUGAGAUCAUGCUCCGAGGGCGCCACCAAACCCCUCCCAGCCUCUCAGAUAUUCACGGACCGAGUCCGAGCUUCUACGUGGCACCGCACGGAUCCCACGAGGACUACGACCUUCAGCACGUUGUGGACGUCGCAAUAGCGGUGCCGGAGCACGGCAGCCGGCAGCUGGCGCAGAUUCUGUAUGACCGGUCUUUUGAAUUGAAAGCACCGCAGUGGCCUCGCAGCAACGGACUCAACAGCCCGCAGUUUCAAGAGCCCAAUCGUCCUCCGGAGUGGCUGAGACCCUCUUCGGCGACUGCAACGCGGAAUCUCCCAGUGGUUGCGGGUCCUCCCAACUCGGCAUCAACCCAACCUAAAGGACAAACAAUCAACGCCCCCAUCAAAGCCGAAUCCACCCCUCUCCGGAACUUGGCAUUCCCGCCGUAUGCGAACCCCACCGCAGAAUCAGCCUUACUGUCUCCAAUUCCAACCGUGCCGGUUCCAGCGCCGGGCCUUGUCAAUGUCCCAGAAACCACCGUUAACGUUCUCUCAGCGACCACUACUCUUCACCGUGAGCCAUUACAGGUGUUGCUGGCGGGCUGUACGACUUCUCAGCAAUCUAGUGGCAGCAACGCCUCGUCGCAGAUAGCUAAGAGUCCAACUCUAACGUCUGACUGGGAGACCUCCAACUGGCCUGAUAUUAUCGACUGCAUGGACAUCCAGAAUCAUUCGGACGUGCUCCGACAGCAGAACAAUAUCCCUCAGAUGACGGCUUCCCCGUCCCUGCUGUCCAUUCAUCAUCUCAAGACUGAUCAGCCACAGCAAUCAACAGGAACAGCGUCGGAGGGGAGUCCAGGACCUUCUUUCGAAACAACGCAUGUGUACUCGGCUGCGGAGGCUGCCAAGGCGCGUUUACGCUGGACUCCUGAACUUCACGAGAAGUUUGUAGCCGCUGUUACCAAGCUCGGAGGCCCAGAUCGAGCGACGCCAAAAUCGGUUCUCCGUCUGAUGGGAUGCAACGACAUUACUAUCUAUCACGUGAAGAGCCACUUACAGAAAUACCGGCUCAUUCCUGAGAUGUCCACUGCAGAAUCGAAGUGUGAGCGGAGGCGCCAUAGCCAAUGUCAGGGGGGUCUCGACGCGGCCUCCACUGUGAAGAUGUCACAAGCCCUGCAAAUGCAAAUGGAAGUACAGCAGCGUCUUCACGAGCAGCUCGAGCAGACUCAACGACAGCUCCAACUGCGAAUCGAGGAGCAGGGUGCGAACCUCCAAAGAAUGAUCGAUGCUCAAGUCAUAGCAGGACAGGCACUGGGGAUCCCUUCGGACCAAAUCGCCAACGGUGAAUUUUUCGCGCGGGCCACUGGUUGUGCAUUGAACCCCGAGGACUCCACAGUCUUCACAGGCGUCACUCCACCCCACAUCACGUCGUGGUCCAGCGCCGCGGGUACCAGCUCGGGUCCGUCUCUGAAACGACCGCGCGUCGAAGUAACUGUACCACCCUUGGUCCUCAUACCGAAAGUCUUACCAACAAACAUAAAUUCAAAUGGGUCCGCUUCAUCUCCGAACGCAGAUGCAUCGUCUCCAAUGAGCUACACUGAUACGUCGGGAACAAGCAACGGAGUCAUGACCAGCCGGGGCGAGGCAUCAGCGUACCUGGAAACCAAUGCGGUGACAACAGCGAUCCCUCGGCAUGCGAGUCAGCCCCAGGGAUGCUCGCCGAAGCAGCAUGGUAGCGUUCCUGCAGCGACAAUGCAGUCUUCAGUCUAAGAACAUCAGAGUAAUUCCCUUCAACCGUCCCUAUAAUUCAACAGUUGCAGUUGAACACGCACAAAAUUGUGUUCCAGGUCCUGCAAAAUCCUCUUGAACAUGAUGAGACCGGUUGAAGAUGACAAGAUCUUACACCAUUGACUUCGACAAGGUUUGUACUACACCAGCAUCUCUUGAUCCAACAAUAGUUGCUGAAGUCUUGAAUGUAGGGAAGAUAAGUGAAUUAUUCCAUAGAUAAGGUUACUUCAAAUCUAUCAAGGUUGGAACUGCAGGCAGAAGUCACCGCCACCUCUUGGGUGCUGUGGGUGUAAAACAAAUUGUUUCUUGAUUAAUUUUUAUGCGUUAGCUCUAACCGAACUCUGGCAAUUUCCUUGGAGAUGAGGAGUUACGGAACUCCUGACAUGAGCGUUUGAUAUACUGUAGGACAUUCUAACAAAAAUUUAACAGACCUAAAGAAGACAUUGAAACCAAUUGUAACCCCAAUCAUGAAUCUGAGGUGUACAAUGGGUGCUUUAUUGAA